GAGGGGACGACUUCACCACGAUCCUCGGCUGUAUUCAACCACGAUAAUCCUCUUCUCGUCCCCCUGGAGAAGACAGAUUCGACAAAGAGUCACGUGACAGCGCUGCUCCUCAGGACGCUCGAGCUCUGCUCCUCAUCACAUACGUAAAGGAGCCGCGACGGCGUCAUGGCGGACUCCAGCUCCAACCUCACGUCGCUGGCUCGGGCUCUGUCCCACCACACGCUGGACCUGGUGGAGACCAACGAAGUGUCACCGCCCCGACCUUCUCAGUUGCACCCAUGCCGAAGGAGGAAGCUUUCGAGCAGCAACUCGCUGGACUCCCUGGCGCCGAGCACUUCUUCACCUUGCGCCACCGAAGCCCGGGUCCUGGUCAUCAACACCGGCGGCACCAUCGGCAUGACGCUCCACGAUAACGUCCUGGCUCCAAAAGCGAAUGCCUUCGUGAACAGCCUUCGGAAGCUGCCCAUACUCCACGAUGAGAUGUACGCAGAGCAGACCAGCCUCUACGACUACUACGGGUCCACGAAUACGCUGGUCCUGCCCUUGAGCAAAGAGAACAAGAGGAUCGUCUACACUAUUCUGGAGUACAACCCUCUGCUGGACUCCUCUAACAUGACCACGGACGACUGGGGGCGCAUCGGGAAGGACAUCGAGAAAAACUAUGAGAACUACGACGGGUUCGUGAUCCUCCAUGGUACCGACACGAUGGCGUACACGGCCGCCGCUCUGUCCUUCAUGUGUGAGCAUCUGGGAAAACCUAUCAUCCUAACAGGCUCCCAGGUGCCGAUUUAUGAGAUGAGGAACGACGGCAGAGAUAACCUACUGGGGGCGCUGUUGAUCGCUGGGCAGUUUGUCAUUCCGGAGGUGUGCUUGUACUUCUACAAUAAACUCUACAGAGGAAACCGAGUGACCAAAGUGGAUGCCGGCAGCUUCAACGCCUUCUCCUCGCCAAACCUGGCUCCCCUGGCCACAGCUGAAGUCGACAUUAUGAUUAACUGGGACACGGUGUGGAGAGCAAACACCACAGCAAAGUUCCAGGUCAGCACCGAGCUGAACAGGAACGUCGGACUGCUGCGGCUUUUUCCCGGAAUCACUGCUGCGACCGUGAGGGCCUUCCUGCAGCCACCGAUGCAGGGCGUCGUGCUGGAGACCUACGGCAGCGGGAACGCUCCGGACAAGCGCCCAGAUUUACUGGAGGAGCUGAAGAAGGCCACCGACUCGGGCGUCAUCAUCAUCAACUGCACUCAGUGUCUGAGAGGAAGCGUGUCCACGUCCUACGCCACAGGAAAGGUGCUCAUCGAUGCCGGGCUGACAGCCGGCGGUGACAUGAUCUCUGAAGCCGCCCUCUCGAAGCUCUCCUACGUUCUGGCCAAGAAAGACAUCUCAUUGGACGCCAAGAAAAAGAUGAUGGCCCAGAACCUGCGAGGAGAGAUGAACGUGGACAACGCAGGAGCCAAGCUAAAUCUGAGCGACAGUCGCUUCAUCCAAGUCAUUGCCAAGUCGCUCAGCAUCAGCUGCAAAGAGGAGUUGGAAGCCAUCCGCGAUGCUCUGACUCCACCGCUGGCCUGCGCUGCAGCAAAGAUCGGCGACAUCGAAGCCUUGGAAGCUCUGAAGGAAAUGGGUAGUAACUUGUGCCUUGGUGACUACGAUGGUCGGACGCCGCUCCACGUAGCUGCGUGCGAGGGUCAUCUGAAGGUGGUGCAGUACCUGCUGAGUCACGGUGCAACAGUCUACGCCAAGGAUCGGUACAGAGACACACCGCUGUACAAUGCCGUACGAUUCAGACACAGGGAGGUGGUGAAGCUGCUGAGGAAAACCGGAGCCCACUUCUCCAGGGAUGAGCUGGACGAGGCCGGAACUGAACUCUGCAGCUUGGCGGCCAGUGGGGACCUGGAGGGUUUGGAGAUAUGGUGUCUGGCUGGAGCAGACCUGAACAAACCGGGUUACGACGGACAGACGGCCAUCCAAGUGGCUCACGCUGUGGGACAGACGGAGGUGGAGGCCUUUCUGCUUCAGGCUGCCAGCAAGAAAACUCAGUCUGCUUUUGGUGAAAUAAAUGAGUUUGAUGAGUAUGAUGAUGAUGAUGAUGAGAGCGGCGUGAUCGAGUUCACCGCUGCUCCCUCAGGAAUGUGAGCCGGAGCCGUCGCAGGAGCCUCUUCCGUCCACCUGUUAUUAUUAUUUUUCAUUUUUUUACUCACCAUGAAUGUCGCGGGACACAUGCAGUGUUUACUUCAGCACAAUGUUUAAGCAUGUGAACUGUCACAUGGUCAAUAAGGGAACCAGGCGAUGCACAGAGUUUCACUCUCCAGUCAAUGUAAAGCUAAAAACUCUUGUCUGAAAAACGUCUGAUACUGGAGAUUCAAAAGUACAAAGCUGUUAGUGACAUGACAGUGUGAGGACUAUAUGAAGGUGUUAUUGUUUUGAACUUUUGCUCGAUGUUAAUGCUGUUUGCACUGAUAUAUGCUGUUGCUGCUUCUGAAAAACACACUGACCCGUCACAAAACAACAUCACGGCUCAAGCUGUAAGAUAAUGUGGUGAAUAAUAAGUAAUAAUAAGACAAAGCACACAAUAAACCAGAAGCAAAGCAAACCAUUGAUGAAAAUAUGACUAAGAAAAACUGGAACAAUAUCAGCACAGCCGUGAUCGCCAGCUGUCAGACUCAUUCAUGGCUAUCUGAUCUGUGGUUGUGAGUCCUUAUCCGUCCAGUCGGGUCUGACUCGCACUGGUCCGGCCUGUUUGUGGCCGUCGAGCCGGAAGAGUGGCAUUUCUCCGAGCUGCAGUGAAACGAGGAAACAAUAAAGUUUCACUGAGUCAAUCUUUGAAUGGUCACAAACUUUAUUUACAAACCUCAAAGGGUCAUGCUGCGGUUUGUGUUGUUUCAGAUGGAAAUGUUUGUGUUUUAAUAAAACUAUUUUCU